AUGAUUACCAAGUUACUAAGCAUUGGAAGGCGCGAGCAGCACCUACCUCCUGGUCCUCCAACUGUCCCGAUACUCGGCAAUGCCCUCAUGGUCCCGCCCAAGUUCGCUCAACUCAAAUUUACCGAAUGGGCUCGACAAUAUGGUGGCAUUUUUUCCAUAAGAAACAUUUGGUACAGAAACAUUUUUGCCUUGAAGAUUGGUCACGGCACAGUUGUUGUGGUAUCAGAUGCCACAGUUCUGAAAGAAUUCAUGGAUAAGCGAAGCAAUGAAACCCCUGGUCGUCCGUCAUUUUACACUGGAAGUCUCAUAACAGAUGGGUAUUUUAUCGCGGAAGCAGAUUCGACGACGGAUAUCUGGCAUAUGGGCCGAAAAGCGUUACAGACCCUGCUUUCCCCACAAAGUGUGAAUAAACACCUACCAGUCGCGGUAGCAGAGAGUUCACAACUUCUAUUUGAUUUACUCCGUUCACCUCAAGACUUUGAAAAGCACAUCGAUCGUUACACGUUUUCAAUAUUGUUGUCUAUAGCUUUUGGGAAAUGCUGCCCGCGCCCUGACACGAAGGAAGAAAGAAUUUUUUAUGAAGGUGUGAGACUCACCGUGCAGGUGGUAUCUGCUGAGGGGCCUCCUGUCAAUCUUCUCCCUAUUCUCAAAUAUGUCCCGGAACGGUGGGCACCAUGGAAAAGAAUAUGCAGGGAGGCGAGGACACUGCAACAUCAAUUAUAUUUUGGGUUAUUGGAAGAGGCAGAAACAAGGCUCGCCAGAGGAGAAAGUACUGGUUGUUUUAUGGAAGAAGUCAUUCAGCGUCAAGAAGAGCUCGGAAUGUCAAAGGACGCUGCUGCCUGGUUAGGUGCGAUCGUGCUCGAAGCAUCCCAUUCUUCGGGGUCCUUCAUUUCUUCCCUCAUUCUAUGUUUUGUUGCCUUUCCCAAGACACUGCGAAAGGCUCAAAAUGAGAUCGACUCAGUUCUACCAGACGGGUGGCCACCCAUGAUGGAUGACAUUGCAUCACUUCUGUAUGUCCGUGCCAUCCUAAGAGAGGUACAUAGAUUGAAACCUAUGGCACUGCUUGGAAUGCCUCACGCAUUGCUAGAGACUCAAGAAGUAAGUCGCGAUCUACCAGUCACAGUUUUCGCCCACGUUGACCAAUAUAUUAUGUAUCGAAGCUAUGUUAUCCCUAGAGGUACAACCGUUUUCAUACAUGCUUGGGGCAUCUUGCAUGAUUCAGAGGUCUUCGAUGAACCUGAGGUCUUUCGACCAGAGAGAUUCCUCCUCUCCGAACACGGGACGAAACCUGGUGUGGAUAGCAAAGACUGGCGCGCAAGUAUACCCUUUGGGAGCGGAAGAAGACUCUGCCCUGGAAUAAAUUUAGUCAACACAAACCUGGCAUUCACCAUUGCCACGUUGGUCUGGCCGUUUGAUUUCGCUGCUGCCAUUGAUCCAGUUACGAAGGCACCGAUCCCUGUCGAUAUCGAUGCGUAUGAGGAGGGUCUUGUCUUCAGACCUCGUCCGUUUGCUUGUUUGAUCUCACCCAGAAGCGAAGCAAAGGCCAGAUUGAUCAGACAAAGGUUUACUGAUGCGACACCUGCUUUCUCGAAAUACGAGUUGUUCCUGACAAAGGAGGAAAAGUGA